AUGGCCGGCACCAUACCGGAAUUUGGCGUGAGCCACGUUGGGGCAGAGGCCUCCAAAGUGAAGCAUUGGGAACGCCCGCAGUCGGUCUCGAGAGACGACCUGCAGGGCAAUCGGUACGACAUACAAGGCAUCGACUGGGAUAAGCUCGAGACCACUCGGGAAGAGGCCAGAGAUGCUCGCACAAAACUGUAUCAAAGCACAACGAGCCGCGUUUGCACGCGCGCGUCCCCACUGGCGCAAAGACUUCCCAACACAGAGAGCUAUUUCCGCUUCCGGAGGAUGAACACCAAACACCAAGCAUUAAUAGCGCAUUUCCAACUCAGGAAUCUAAUCGCUGCUACUUCUAGAAAUGACAUCUACUAUGCCGGCAGGUCGAGGAUAAUGCGCACAGAUUCCCUUGGUCAGUCAACCGACUGCGUCAUGGACCUCACCAAAUCCUCCUUCGAUUCAUUACAUUCUGCAGCUUUCGAUGUGACUUCCAUGGCUGCGUCCGACGACAUACUCAUUGCUGGUGGUUUCUACGGCGAAUAUGCGCUGAUAGACCUUCAAUCCGAAUACGGCACCAAACCCACCCAAGGCUUCAUCACGCAUCGCGUAAAUGGCAUCACUAAUCACGUCCACACCUUCAACUCCCGCAGCAGUGGCAACCCCAUGGCUGUCUUUUCUUCUAAUGACAAGUGCUUGCGCAUUCUAGACUGCCACACCAACACCUUCAUCUCCGACUUUGGCUACGAGGAGGCGAUCAACUGUUCCGCCACCUCUCCGAACGGCCGUAUGCGCAUGCUCGUAGGCGAUUUUCAGGAGACGCUCAUCACGGACGCGGAGACGGGUCGCCCUUUUGAGCGCCUGGGUGGACACACGGAGGACGCUUUUGCAUGCGCUUGGGCAGACGAUGGUAUCCAUCUUGCCACCGGCGCGCAAGACUCGCAAGUCGUCAUCUACGACGCGCGAUGGUGGCGGGCGCCCUUAGCCAUCUUGGCUAGUUCAAUGGCGUGUCCACGCAGCUUACACUUUAGCCCUGUCGGCGGCGGGCGCCGAGUUCUGUUGGCCGCAGAAGCAGAUGAUGUGGUCAGUGUCAUUGACGCACAGAACUUUGACAGAUGCCAGACGCUCAACUUCUUCGGUACCGUGUCCGGCGUCUCGUUCCUGCCGGACGGUAGCUCUUUCUAUGUCGCGAACUCGGACGGCAAGUUUGGCGGCAUAAUGGAGUUUGAGCGCGCGGGUCAUGGCGAGCUGUUCGGGCACUCAAAUACAGGCGCGUCAGCCGCGCAAGGAAGAUGGAACGACGCGGGCAAGCGGAGAGCAUGGGUAGGCGCGGACGCAGAAGGUCCCCACGAGUGGGCAGACGAGUCCGUCCUUGAGUCCGAUGCGAGAGUCAGGUUGACAGCCAAAGCGCGCAAACUGAGAGGUCUGGAUCUCGAUGAUCUAGUCGUUUGA